AUGGCGCCCACAUUUGUCGACCUGUUUUGCGGAAUUGGUGGGUUCCGCAUUGGCCUCGAAGCAGCCGGAUUCGAAUGCGUCUACGCAAACGAUAUUGGCAAAAAGGCUGUUGAAGUUUACAAGAAGAACAGGCGACCUGAUGCACACUAUCCUGUGGAGUGCGCAGAUAUUCGAGAUGUCUUCAAUAACAGACUGGACACCAUUCCACCACACCAUGUGCUUGCCGCAGGAUUUCCAUGCAACUCUUUCACGGUGCUGGGGGCUGGCCAAGGCGAACAAUGUCCCAAGUAUGGCGAACUGGGAGGGUACGUUGUCAAGGUAGCGGCAGCGAAGCGUCCGGUUGCCGUUCUUUUGGAGAAUGUGCCCAUGUUCUUCAACGGCGGAAGGCCCUGGUUUCGGCACAUGGUAGCCGCGUUCACAGAGGCUGGAUACGACUGCAGGUACAGCAUCUUAUCAGCCUGGGAUUUCGGUCUACCGCAGCACCGCAAACGUGGCCUAAUUGUCGCGGUGAGGAAGGACGUGGCUGGUGCUCCAUUCAAGUUUCCUCUGCCACCCCAGAGGGCGCAGGUGACACUACGCAGCGCCCUACUUCCCGCGGAUUCUGUGGAAUUGUCGGGCUCGAUAAAGUUCAGGCAAGAUGAAGUUCACGUGGAAUGGAAGGAGACACGGGAUCCGGGAUCCACGUGGGAUGAGAUUGUGGAUGAGGUCCCAAGCAGCUGGCAAAGCCGCUUCGGACUCAUAAAUCUUGGAUCAAUAAAGGCGUUGAGCGCAGGAGCUAAUAGCCAAAUCUACCAUGACCUUGGAUUCCAUCCUUGUGUUACGGGGCUAACUGUACGGCAGUGGAUCUUCACACGGGGCACCGACGACGAGGGCCCGGUGAUCCGCAGGAUACACCCGCUUGAGCUACGCAAAAUCCAGGGUUUCCCUGACGACUUCGAACUCCAUCGCGCUAAGACAGUUACUACCAAGCAACUCUCCAACGCCGUGCCUCCUCAAAUGGUCGAAUGGGUCGGUCGUGCUGUGGCAGAGCAGUACCGUGAGUCUUUCGACGAAGAUGAGCACAACGUGACCAAGACACCUGGGAAGCAAAGAUCAAGCCGGAAGUCGAGCCGGAAGUCGAAAGGGAAGGCGAGCCGGAGGCCGAGUCGCAAGCGGAGCCGUGAGUCGACUCGCAAGUCAAGAAACAAGUCGAGCCACAGUCAUGCGUCGAAGGGGAGACACAGGUCGAAGGACAGCCACAGGCCGAAGGACAGCCACAGGUCGAGCCGCAAAAGGACACUCUCUUCAGGUUCGAAUGAGACCCCGCCACGGAAGCGUCAGCACCGGCAGUCCGCUACGAGUCCGGACUCGCGAUCUAGGGAGUCUACCGGCACGGCUGGGUUUGACGGCAACGUGAACUCGUCGCUGAGCCCGGGUUCGCAAUCUAGGCUGUCAACCGGGACGUCAGGAUUUGAUGGGAACGUGAUAGCGUCGGCCCGCAGGCGACAUAGAAAGUGA